CAGUGAACUCCCUGAGCUUCUUUAUAAGGAGAGACAAAGUCUACCUGCUGGGGCUCAGCUCCCUCCUCUACUCUCAGCUCAUAUUUUAUUUAUAUAUCAAUGGUUUUAUUUUUUGUGAUUUCUUUUUAAAUAUUAUUUUUCACCUCUUUAAUGAUUUUUUUUUUACAAACACAAGGGAUCGCUGGGAAACUGAAUCCGCCGAAUAUUUAAUCGAUUAUUUUUUGUUCUGUAUUUUUUAUAUUAUUGUUGUUAUUAUUAUUAUUAUUAUUUUUGAUUCAUUUUGGAGAUGGGCUGCUUUGGAUAUUUGCUCCUCAUCAUUGGGCUGCACCAAGUCCUGGCUACUUACCCAAUCUGGUGGUCAUUAGCAGUCGGACAACAAUACUCUUCUUUGGGGACCCAACCAAUUCCCUGUGGUACAAUUCCAGGGCUGGUGGCAAAGCAGAUGCGCUUCUGCAGGAAUUAUAUGGAGAUUAUGCCGAGCGUAGCAGAGGGUGUUAAAAUCGGGAUACAGGAGUGUCAGCACCAGUUCCGAGGGAGAAGGUGGAACUGCACCACAGUUAAUGAUAAUCUGGCGAUUUUUGGACCAGUGUUGGAUAAAGCCACAAGAGAGUCAGCCUUUGUUCAUGCCAUAGCCUCAGCUGGAGUUGCAUUUGCCGUAACCAGGUCUUGCGCUGAGGGAUCUGCUACCAUCUGUGGCUGUGAUACCCAUCACAAAGGACCUCCUGGGGAAGGCUGGAAGUGGGGAGGCUGCAGUGAAGAUAUGGAUUUUGGAAGCAUGGUGUCUCGAGAAUUUGCAGAUGCACGAGAGAACAGGCCAGAUGCCCGAUCAGCGAUGAACAGGCACAAUAAUGAAGCAGGCAGAACAUCGAUCUUAGAUCACAGGCAUCUUAAAUGCAAAUGUCAUGGAUUGUCUGGAAGCUGCGAAGUUAAAACAUGCUGGUGGUCCCAGCCAGACUUCAGGGUGAUCGGCGACUAUCUUAAGGAUAAAUACGACAGCGCUUCUGAAAUGGUGGUGGAGAAACAUCGAGAAUCCCGGGGAUGGGUUGAAACCCUGAGACCCAAAUACACAUUCUUUAAGCCUCCUAUAGAGAGAGAUUUGAUUUACUAUGAGAGCUCCCCCAAUUUUUGUGAGCCCAAUCCAGAAACUGGAUCUUUUGGAACCCGCGGUAGGGAAUGCAAUGUAACAUCCCAUGGAAUAGAUGGAUGUGAUCUUUUGUGUUGUGGUCGAGGACAAAACACAAGGACUGAGAAAAGGAAAGAAAAAUGUCACUGCAUUUUCCACUGGUGUUGCUACGUCAGCUGUCAAGAAUGUAUGAGGGUAUAUGACGUUCACACCUGCAAGUAAGCAUCUAAUCCUAAACCAGGCUCCAUCUUAAAACAUGACUCAAGGCCUGGUUUAUCCGGCAUGGAUCGGUAAGACUUUGACUUUUGACUGGUCGAUUAAUGUAGGUGUAAAGGCUUCUUGGAAAGGCUCGAUGCACCUGGAGAUUUAGACCUACUCAAAUAUAAUCUUCCCAAACGAUACACAGUAUAUCCCCGUCAUUUUGCAGUUCUUGUCAUGUGUGUGAUGACAUGAAGUGAAAUGCAAGAAACUUCAGAGUUCAGUGGUACAAUAUGUAAGAGAAGAUGUGAUUAUGCAACGUCAGCAGAUAAUCUACCAUUAUCACAUUCCAAAUAUGUCAUUGAGCAGUUCUCACUGUUUUGUGACUGACAAAGAGUGGUUGAGGAGUUUGUGCAACCUCAGUUGGAUAUUUAAUUUUUCAUUAAGCAAAAAAGGGAAA